UUGUCUUCACAGGGUGUAACUUUAGAUGGCUCUCAUCCCGUCUAUAUGUACGGUUAUGGUGGCUUCAAUAUUUCUAUUACACCAAGUUUCAGUGUUUCCAGGCUGAUUUUCAUCGGUCACUUAGGCGGAAUUUUAGCCGUACCAAAUCUUCGUGGUGGAGGGUAAGUCGAGUUCUCGUUCCCAGAGAUUCAGUAACUUAGGGGUACUACUACAACAUUGUUACUACAACCCUACAACAUUGUUACUACAACAUUGUUACUACAUUGUUACUACAACGUUUGUUUUUAAAAUUACAUCGCCAAUGAACCCUUUAUAUGUUUUUUAGGCCAUUUAAAACGCUUGCAGUUCAUGCUUUAUCUGAUAUAAAACACUCGAGCUGUGCUCUCGUGUUUUAUAUCUGAUAAAGUACUCCUCGUGUUUUAAAUAGUGCAUAACGUAUUGCAAUUAUUUUGUUUUAAUCUUCAGUGAAUAUGGCGAGAGCUGGCAUAAAGGUGGAACUUUUGCCAACAAACAGAAUGUUUUUGAUGACUUUCAAUGUGCAGCGGAAUAUCUUAUAUCUAAUAAAUACACCUCCAUAGAACGGUCAGUUUAAUAAAUAAAUAAAUAAAUUUCGUUGUGGAUUGAUAGGGAACUAUCUGAAAAAUACAAAGAGAACUUCAAGUUUUUGAAGAACGUUUGAAGUUCUUGUAUUUUACUAUUUUUCCGGUGGUUGUAUUCCUAUCAAUAUGAAGCUUAUUAUUGGCAUUAUUACAUGCACACCUAAAAAUCUCGCAUCUUGUAGCAAGUCUGCCAACAAGCCGUCAACAAGUUGUGUUCGUACUGCUUGUCCCAAGUUGUCAACAAGUUGUGUUCGCACUGCUUGCCUCAAGUUGUCAACAAGUUGUGUUCGCACUGCUUGCCUCAAGUUGUCAACAAGUUGUGUUCGCACUGCUUGCCUCAAGUUGUCAACAAGUUGUGUUCGCACUGCUUGUCCCAACAAGCCGUCAACAAGUUGUGUUCGCACUGCUUGUCCCAAGUUGUCAACAGGUUUGGAACAAGCUGUUAACAACUCAUAACGACCUUGUUGAUAUUAUCAGACUUGUUGCAAGAUUGUUCCAACAAGUCCGAUACAGUCAUGAUAUAACAAUAUUGUUACAACCUUGUGUCGUCAACCUUGUAACGUUCUUGUUAUAUAUAUCAUGACUGUACAUGUAUCAGACUUGUUAGAACAACCUUGUAGUAAGUUUGAUAAUGCCAUCAAGCUUGUUAGAAGUUGUUAACAGCUUGUUCCAAAGUUGUUACAACAACUGGGAACAAGCAGUGCGAACACAACUUGUUGACAGCUUGUGAACAGAUUUGUAACAAGUUGUUUGCAGACCUGUAACAACUUCUGCGUUUUUACGUGUGUGCAGUGACACAGAUCAUGCAUUCAAGAUAAAUUUCGUUUCAUCUUUUUCUAGGCUCGCUAUAAAUGGUGCUUCUAAUGGCGGUUUGUUAGUUGGAGCAUGUGUGAAUCAACGACCAGAUUUAUUUAAAUGUGCCGUUGCCCAGGUUGGGUAAGUAACAGGUUCACCCUUGCUCAAGACAGAACGGGCCAACAUGAACGACAUUACGUAUGCAUGUAGUGUACAAACGUAUCAGUGUGUUAAUGAGUUAUUAAAAAUGAAAAUAUAUAUCAGUGUGUUAUUGUCGAUUUCAUAUUACUUUUCAAAGCGCGGUUCCCAAGUUUGUUGUCAACUUGCCAAUUACGUUUCCAAAUUCGGAAGUUGGGCGGGGACUUCGCAACGAAGUUCGCAAGUUCUUUUCAAAGUUCGAAUUUAUUUCAUUUAUAAAUUUAUUUAAAAAGGCAUUUUUCGUCUUGGGAGACCACUGGACCAAUAUUUUACUGCAGUAAUAUGUGCAUAGGGCCUUAUACAGUAAUUUCAACUCCAACUAUCGGAACAUUUGUUUCAAUCAAAGUUCGAACUUUGAAAUGAACUUGCGAACUUCGUUGCGAAGUUCACGCCCAACUUCCGAACUUGACAACGUAAUUGGCAAGUUCGCAACGAACCUGAGAACAGCGUGUUGAAAAGUUACCUGAAAUCGACAAUAAUGAAUUAUGAAAAAUAAAAAUAUGUAUCAGUGUGUUAAUGAAUUGUGAAAAAUGUCAAAUUUUCACUCUGAUCUAUCAUUGAAACUUUUCCAAGGGGAAGUGCAAAAAUUCUCUGGGGAGGUGGAAAAAUUCACAGGGGAGGUGCAAAACGAUCUCAUGGGAGGUGCGCGCCUCCCCACACCUCCCCUCAAAAUCCGGCCAUGCUCUUGCUUGCUUUUGCAGAACAAUGGAUGGGUUACCUCAUCACAAGUUUUUCACCAUUACCCAAACCAAAGUGUAUAUGAUUGUUUUAUUUAGUGUGAUGGAUAUGUUAAAGUUUCAUAAGUUCACUAUUGGACAUGCAUGGUAGGUUUUGCAGAAAUAUUAAUUUUAAUCUAGUUACCUGGGAUAGGUUGUUCAAAGCUCGAUUAGCGCCAACAUUCGUUUAAAAUUUAACCCGCUGUCUUAGUUUGUGUUUAUUUCAAAACUCCAGAGAAGAAAACUCGUACUGUUUCACACGAGAUUUCUGAAGAAAUGUUUCCAAAUUUAUGAACAAGCUUUUGGGAAGUUUGCGUUGUUAACCAUGCAAGGGUUAAGCUAAUCGGCUGUCAACCAACCGGACCAUGUAGUUUCACUGCGUUGCGUUUGGACACGUAAAAACGCACAAGUUGUAACAAACUUAAUUGCAGCAGACUUAUAGCAAUGCUGUUCCAACAACUUGUCAACAGGAUGUGUUCGCACUGCUUGUUCCCAGCUUGUUGACAAGUUGUCAACGGCUUGUUGGCAACUUGCUACAAGGAUGUUGAGCUCAACAGACCUGUUACAGGUUGUUGGAACAACUUGUCAUCGUCUUGCAAUUCAACAGUUUGUCAACAAGUUGUGAGUGACAACCUUGUAGCAACUUGAUAAAAUAACAGCAUUGUUACAAAUUGUUGACAAGCUUGCUACAAGCCUGUUACGAAAACAUCUUCUUGACAAGUUGUGAGAUUUUUACGUGUGUAAGUUGAAUAUACAUAUAUCUGAUGUAUUUUGUUUGCCUAUAAAGUUUUUAACGUUGUUCUUUAAAGGGUGACGGACUUUGGAUGUUCAUCAGAGAAAGAGCAAUUCGAAUGGCUUAUAAAGUGAGUCUGUGUCUAACUCGUGCAUUUUGUUGAUACUGUUAAGCAGUGUCGAACACUUGUUUGGGGGGGGGGGAGAGGAAACGUUAAAUAUUUGGGGGAUGGGCGAAUUAUAAGUUGCCAACAUAUGAUCAACUUUUGUAGCUGGAAAUUUUAGUCCUUUAAAUUUUUCCUGCCUUAAAGUCCAUGCAAUAUUUUGAAAAUACACUGUACUUUCCCACAUGUAAAGCAACGUCUGCUUCUCUGAGACGUUAUUCCUAUUUGUCCGUUGACAGAUACUCACCACUACAUAACAUCAAGAUACACGAUAAUGGCGUCCAGUAUCCCUCGGUUUUGUUGAUGACUGCUGACCACGACGACCGUGUUGUACCGUUGCAUUCGUUGAAAUAUAUAGCCGAACUACAGUAUAUCAUGGGAAAGUAUGAAAAACAAGUAAGAAGGGCGGCCGUUUACACUUGCAAUUUUUGCUACGACUUCAGAUGCGAUUUUCGUCAUCUGAUGGAUGUAAACAAAUGAAUGUUUAGAUGAGGGUGCAGGAAAAAGUUAUUUCGCUGACCUCAGAAUGACAUUUCGUCAAAAUUUUUUUCUUGAAGAUUGGUUUAGAAACAAACUUGGAGUAUGGUUAGGUUAGGGUAAGGAGUAGGAUUAGGGUUAGAGUUGGUGUUUGUAAUAGGGUUAGUGUUAGUAAAACCGUUGCUUUGUUACGUUUUGUCACUCUGAGGCCAGCGAAAUAAUCUCUUCCGAGAGGGUGCAUACACUCAGAACAUUCAUAACCUAUCUCCUCGUUCACAUCCAUCAGAAGAAGGAAGUCGCACUAGAAAUCGCAGCGAAAAUUGCAAGUGUAAACCUUAAGGCCUUAAAGAAUCUUGGGUUAGUCAUACAUGUAUUUGAGAAGACUGCUUCCAUUACAUGAAUUUGACCAAACACCCUGUAGCUAGAGUUGGGUAACAUGAUUCAACAUGGAGUUUAUCAUGAAAAUAUGCAAAUUUUGUAUAGGGGGAUGGGGGAAUACUCACGCAAAAAAUUUCACAUCUUGUCUCAAGUUUGUCAACAAGUUGUGUUCGCACUGCUUGUCACAAGUUGUCAACAAGUUUGGAAGAAGCUGUUAACAAUUUGUAACAACCUUGUUGAUAUUAGCAGGCUUGUUACAAGGUUGUUCCAACAAGUCCGUUACAGUCAUGAUAUAAAAAUAUUGUUACAACCUUGUGUCGUCAACCUUGUAACAUUCUUAUUAUAUCAUGACUGUAUCAGACUUGUUAUAACAACGUUGUGACAGUCUGAUAAUGCCAUCAAGCUUGUUGCAAGUUGUUAACAGCUUGUUCCAAACUUGUUAUACAACAACUGGGAACAAGCAGUGCGAAGACAACUUGUCGACAGCUUGUGAACAGAUUUGUAACAACUUGUUUGCAGACUUGUAACAACUUGUGCGUUUUUACGUGUGUAGUCUCAACGUGUUAUGUCUAAGAUUGUAGCUGGUAUAAUAGAUAUUAGGAUACGUCAUAAUAUUUACUGGGUUAUAUGAAUAUAUUUAGACGAAUCCACUGUUGAUCUUAGUCGACACCAAAUCUGGACAUGGGUUUGGAAAACCAACUUCUAAAAGGGUAAGAAAUGAGAUGAUCCAAAACAUUCGUAAGGUUGACCAAGCGCGGGAGUUUGAUUUGGUUUUACGUUGUUCUUUUCAGAUCGACGAUGUUGCCAAUAUGUUUGCUUUUAUUGCCAAGAAUAUAAAUAUAACAACAUGGCUGGAUCAAUUAUCAGUAAAUGCCUGAUUCAUCACGGUAUGUGUGCCUGUU